GUUCCCCGGGGCCCGGCCCAAGCCCCCCCACACGCCCCUGCAGCAGCUGUCCGGGCCGCGGGCGAAUAAACCACAAAUGAGAAGAGUGGUGAAAGGAGUUGUCAAUUUCUGCUCCUAGGAGGAAAAUCACUGGUUUAUCAAUCACGAUACCUAUCAGAGUAUUCCAAAGAUGCUGCUAAAGUAGCUGUGGACAUCUCUCUCCUCCUCAGUCUGAUUCCUGAUUACUAUGGGCUGCAUAAAGUCAAAGCAAACUUUCCCUUUUCCAAACACAAUCUCAACUGAGAAGAGACAAGAAAAUGAGGAGAGAUUUCUAACUGAAAAGCCUUUGAUGGUUUCUGUCAGAACAGAGGUUGUGCAGGAUUCUUCUGCCAGGGUAGUGGUGUUGGAGUACGCCCAUCGUCUGUCCCAGGAAAUCAUGGAUGAAGCAGUGAAGCAGUGGGCGGCCAAUGACAGCAGGUAUGGGGACAUCCCAUACAUUGAGAGUGAGGCAGUGCCCUGAGGCUCCCUGGCUCACUCUAGAAUGGAUGACUCUGUGAAACUAUAGGUUUAAAUAGCAUACAUUGGUGCUAGUCCAAAUACAGAAGAAAGCAAAAACUGGUGUGAUUAACUACAUAGAACUCCAGCUGUAUGUAAAAUAUCUUUUAUGUUGGUACCAAAGUUGCUUUGAUGGGAGAGGAGGGUAUUUUAAAAAUGAAACAUCUGUUGUGAUCAGCACUAGGUCAAGAAUGUUUGUUUUCUGCUUUGUUUGCCUUGGAUUGUAGUCUGAUGUAGCUUAAAUGGCCGCAUGGGGUCUUGUAGCACUGAUGCAUUUUAUCUGGCUGCUCUCCUACAAUCAUGAGAUGGGCCUGUCACUCCAUGCAGCAUCGCCAAAGAACAAAAAACAUAACUGUUCAUGCCCGUUGUUUUUUAUGUAUGCUUUUAGCUCUACUAUCUAAUGAUGCCUGACUGUUGCACAGGCAAAGAUCAUCAAUAUGAAAGGGAAGGUUCCCAUAACAACACCACAUUUGGGGCUGGUUAGAGCAAGAAUGCCUCUUUUCCCACUCAUGGGCGGCUUUUGUUUGCUCCAGAAAUAGAUAGCUAAAGAGAACCUAUGUGCUUUUUAUCAUGAGAAAAUAGUGAUGCUUGAAUUUUUGAAGGAUUUCAAACACAUUAAAGAAAAGCCCUUAACUUUUCAAUGGCAGGGUUAAACUACCAUAUUCCUUAUGAUGCAUAUCCCACACCCCCAGGUCAUCAAAUCAUUUGGACACCCCAUGUAUAAUUCAAAUCCUAAAACGGUGGUAAACAUCAAAUCUUAAGGUGAUGGUAAAUGCUAAAAUCGAAUGAGCAGGUGGUUAUAUCACCCCCAGCUGGGGGGCACCAGUCUUGAUGUUGAAUUUGCAUUGUUUUCAAUGUCUGCCAAGGCAGACAGACUUCCUUCAUCUUCCCCCUAGAGCCCUGCCUAAUUGCUGUUCUAGCGGCUUCUGUUGAGUCUAGAAAUCAAGGAAAUUCCCAAAAGGAUUACGGUUGGCUAGUGUGAUAAAUGAGAUGUUAAGCCUUGAGAGCUUAAAUCUUUAAAAACAAACAAACAAAAAAACCCAUUAAGCUGUUUCCUCCUCACUACUUGCCUACAAAGCUAGCCUGGAUGUUUGCCAGGUGGGUCCAGUAAUUUGUUUUAGAGAAGGUAUGAGUUUAUCUUGUGGGGUGUGUUUGAUUAUAGCUGUCAGCAUAAAUGAACAUGUUUCUCUACUUAAAAGAGUAGAGUGUGGGGGACUUGGAGACCUAAGUUAUAGUAUCAUUAGCCUAAGCUGAUGUGGUAUUUUUGGGUUCCUUGCAACUGUUUCCUUCUGUCACUUUCACAGACCUGGCUCUGAAAACUAAAAUCCUGAUGAGUGAGCACCUUAUGGCAAAACCCUCGAAGACUUUUCCAAGGGAGCAGCUACCAAAAACUUAACAAGAAAACUUCAGAAUGAAUCAUUUAUUUGUAUGGUCAUACCCACGGAGUCUAAGCUGGAGCCAACUCCAGUGUUCGGAGUACUAGCUUGUUAGCAAGUUUAUUCCCUGUUCGGUUUCAUGGGGAUAGGGGAGGGAAUGGAGGGUCUCUUUAAGCACACGUUUUUCAGGUCAUUUGUUUAAAGCAUUGUAAUAAAAACUGGGUAUGAAUUCUAGGACUAACCAUACAGGAGUAGAUAAGGGCCAUGCUUUACUGCAAUCUAGCACUGAAAUGAGCCACCACAGACUUGCUGUUAGUGUUCCCACUGUUUCCAUUUCCCUCAUCCAAGUCUAAAGAGAAGGAAAGGGAGGAUAUAGCAUAUAAAUAACAAUAUAUGUAUCCUGCAUGGCAAAGCAGCCAGAAAAAAAAGAAAAAAGAUACCUCCACUCAGUUAAAAAAAUAUUACUUUCAACACAAGAGAACCCUACCUAGUGUAUUUCUUUAAAAAUGAGUGCUAAGUCACCUUUAUUAUUGAUAUCAUCUUGUGCAUUAAGUCCAGUUGCAUUUUGGACCCGUGAUCAAUAAAAAGUACACCACCGAGGCCCUUUUUUAAGGAAUGUAUGAUUCUUAACAUUCCAUUUUCCCUACUGUUAUAGCUAAAAUCAAGGGAAACGUAGAUGAUUCCUGUUCAUGGAAGGAGCUGAGGUUUGUGGGUCCGAUGCUAAAUGGAAUGUCCCUCAGCUCCAGCUGAUAACAAUAUUUCCAAUAAUGGUAAAUUCCUGGUGAAAAAAUGUAGAAAGUUAUACAUGCUUAAAGUCGGACCAAAGCCUCAGAGUUGCUGCUUUUAAUUAGUAUGUUAUAUAUAUCUGAAAUUCAGAACAUAUUUAGUUUUCAUACAUCAUUUCAUUUUCCCACAAUGCCCUUGAAAGUUGAAGAAUGUCAAGAAAUUGAUAAAAUUUGCUUUCUAGUUCUAGUCUAAGAAAUGGGUAAAAUAUACAUAUAUAUAUACACAUAUAUAUAUACACUCAUAUAUGCAUGUGUGUAUUUAUAUAGAUACAUAAAGAGAUAGCUAUAUGAAGACUGUGGCAACCAGACAAAGCUAUUUAAUGGCCUUUCACACUCAUAUACACAAUAUAAUCCCUCCCCACAGUAUUUAUAUCCAUCUGGACUUUGGGUCCACCUCUGUGAUCUCACAGUUUCCAAGACUAUUGCAUUUAUUUCAGUCCCCUGGUUUUGUGGUGGGCAAGUAAAGAAAAAAAAAAAAUUAGCAACUGGGAUGAUAAAUGAGCAACAGUUGGCAAUGCCUUUCCAAGACAAGAAUUAUCCAAAAAUCCAAUCCCUAUCCUUAGCCCUGAGCCGUAUUGCAGUACAGUGUGAGAGAGCUUCCUCCUAGGUGUUUUUCACAAUACAACAGGCAUGAACUGACCCAAUGGGGCUCUUCACAAGUAACUCCACAGGCCACAGGAUUUUAGAGCUCAUUCUAGGCCAACCUUCAUUUUCACAGAUGAAGAAAUUAAACCCAGGAAGAUGAAGUAAUUUGCCUAAGGACACACAGGUAUAAAGGAGGAGAGUCAGGAUUCAAAUCUUCAUGUUCUGACUAAAUACAGGGCUCUCUGUAUUUGACCAGAUUGCCUCUCCAAUAUUAUCUACAUGUUAUAUUUCAUGGGAGAGGGGUUAGGGAAGCUUCUCUGACAAAGCAGUUUUGAGAAACCUGAGAUCCAGAGGAAUCUGAGGUGUAUAAGGAAGGCUGUAUUGUCACUCAGUUAUUGUUUAUAUGCAACACACGUACUGCUGGUCUACCGCUGUUGGCCAGUAUGUGUUUGCAUGUGUACAUACACAAUUACCAACAGACAAUGCAACCUUAUUUAUGCACCUCAGAUUCCUCUGGUUCUCAAGGCCACUUUUUCAUAGAAGCUUCUCGAGGCCACCUCCUAUUAAAUAUAAAAUGGAUAAUAUGGCUGAGUUAUAAGAUGGACCAAUCAUCUCUGCAGCAGACUUGUCCUUUUACUCUAUUUGGUUUCUUUCAUACAUUCAUACUGGUCUGCUGUCCUUCAUUGGUUCUCCCAGGCAAUAUGGUGGGGGCAACAUUGAAUCUGGGGCCCGAGGACCCAUAUGUCAAUCCUGGCUCAUUACCCAAGUGACCUCAGGCAAGUCUCUUCACCUCUCUAGGCCUUGGUUCCCUCAUCUGUGAAGCAAACACCUUAGCCUAGAUGAUCUUUUCAAAGGCUCCUUCCAACUCUAGACCCCAUGAGGUCAGUCAGAGACAUGAUAGCAGACCAACAGCAACCCAUCCUAGAAGUCGGGCUCAUAUGUCCUUGGAGAAGGAAACAGACAUACAGGAGGAGGCAUGUGAGUUACUGACUGCUUCGAAGGAAGAGACAAUUCGGGCUUGGGCAUUGAUAUGUUACAAGGAAAACGGUGAUGAAACUAGAAGGGGAUGGGUGGGAAGGGGUGCAGAUGCUGCAGUCUGGCUGAAGAUGAGGCAGUUUUCUAUGCUGUCAGUGAAGGCAGUAAGUUUAGGGCACAGAAUAGCAUUUCUUUUCUUCCAUCUCCCAAGCCUGUGUCACUUAUAAUAUAAAUCUUCUAUUUCAUGAAACUUGGGUUUGGAAUGAACCCAUUCACUCAGAAAAAUCCAGGCAUGGCAGUGUAUGUCAAGGGAAGGCAGAGGCAUAUCAAGUUGAUAAAAACAACUUAAAUGACAGUCCUGGGAACAGCACAGUGCCCAAAGAAAUAUGGUAAUUCCUCACUUAUCCAACCCACCAUGUGUCUACAUAUUCAAUAUGCUCAUUUUCCCACCUUUCCUAUCACUUACCUAAGAUCUCAAGGUCCUCAAUUCUCAACUGCCUUAGCAUCUCUUUACAAACUGCCCCUGGUUCAUUAGCACUAAAAGCACAAUUUUGGAGGGGAGGAAAAGUGAAAGGGAGGCUAUGAUAUCUCCCCCAAAAGAACGCUGUAAGGAUAGUUAGUCAUAAAAGGCAUUACUGUUAUUUUUAAGUAGCAUGAAGAAUAAAUGAAGUAGCAUGAUCCUCCUAUCACAUGACACUAACAUUUUACUGGAAUUGGAUUUGAGACAAUGAAAUGUUACUAUAUAUAUUUUUUGUUUUUAGAAACUAGACAUGCCAGGGACACUUUAUAAAUGAGAUCUGCUAUCCAAAAAAAUCGGUUCCCACAUAAUUCUCUUUUCUCUCAUAAUUAAAUAGAAGCAAUACCAUUUGUCCUAGGCUGUAGUUGUGUGCCUGAGUAGGAACUGUGUUUACUCACAAGCACUGGCUGCUUUUUACCUUGUAAAACUCUUGUUUCGUUGGCAAGCUCCUUUGCUUCCCCAUUACUGAAGCAUACAUAUGAUAAGUAUAUUUUUACAAGUAUUUUUGUGAAAAUUUUCUUUGAAACUGUACAAUAAAAUUCAGUUGCCAUUAACUAGUUGCAAACUUUUAUUCAAUUAAAAUAAAUA